AGGAAUUUUAGUACAACGCCUUGUUUAGAUUCGACAUUUUUAACCAUUUUAAUUAAUAGCGCUCCUGGUCAUAUUGUACGACGCAAUGCAAUUCGUCAAACUUGGGGCAAUACCAGUAAUAUUUUACCCCCAAGCAAAAUCAAGCACAAGUGGCGUGUUUUAUUCAUUGUUGGUAAAGCCAACAAUGAAAAAACCGACAAUGCUGUCAUAGAAGAGGCACUAAUGUAUAACGAUAUAAUCGUUGUAGACAUUUAUGAAAGCUAUAAAAAUCUGACUGAGAAAACAUUAGCUGGCAUGGAUUGGAUUCGUGUUUAUUGUUCAAAUAGCGAUUUCUACUUUAAAGGCGACGAUGACAUCUUCAUUAAUAGUUAUCGAUUUUUGGAGUACCUGGAAUUGGUAAAGAUAAAUCCGUUGUAUCAGAAUACUAUGAUUGGCCGUGUAGCACUUAAUAAUCGUAUUCCUUGCCGCAGUAAAAAAGGCAAAUAUUUUGUAUCCUACGAUCAUUACCCUUAUCUUCGCUUCCCGCCUUACUGCUCUGGCUUUGCCUAUGUGAUGCCAAUUAAAACAUUGCACUCUCUAAUGGCUUAUGUCAGCGCUGUCAAAAAGAUACCCAUGUUGGAUGAUGUUUAUGUAGGUAUAUUAGCACAACAUGCUGGUAUCAGAACGGUU